AAAUUAAUCAAAAUAGGUGACAAAAAUGAAAUAACUAAAGAGUUUUCAAAUAAAGAUGUUGAGUUAUUUUCAGAAUUAUCAGGUGAUAAAAAUCCAAUACAUUUGAAUGAAGAAUAUGCUUCAACAACUAAAUUUAAAAAACCAAUUGUCCAUGGAUCAUUAGUAUCUUCACUUAUAUCAACUGCAGUUUCCAAAUCAUAUCCAGGUGCAAUUUACGUUAAACAAGAAUUUAAUUAUUUAAAGCCUACUUUUAUAAAUGAUAGGGUUAAAGCUGAGGUUACAAUAUCCAAUAUUCUUGGUAAAAAAAUUUAUUUUCAUACAAAAUGUACAAUA